CUGUUUACAGCCAUCUUUAACCAUGGCUUCAUUUCAAGCUCUCCAACUGUAUCCCUCCUCUACAACCAUGCCCUCUUUCCGCAUGCACCCAAUAUUCUCAUUUUCAUAUUCACCACCCUCACAUGUGUCCAGCAAGACCACAAUCUCUUGUACCUCACAACAUGUGGAUGGAAGGGUCUCUGAGAGGGAUGAAAUCCGUCUUGGAUUAGCAAGUAAAGGUCGCAUGGCUCAAGACACCUUGGAUCUUCUCAAGGAUUGUCAACUCUCUGUCAGGCAGGUGAAUCCCCGACAAUAUGUUGCGAAUAUUCCACAGCUUGCAAACUUAGAAGUCUGGUUUCAGCGGCCCAAGGAUAUUGUGCGCAAAUUGCUGUCAGGAGAUCUAGACCUUGGUAUUGUGGGUUUAGAUACUUUCUCUGAAUAUGGACAGGGGAACGAGGAUUUGAUCAUAGUUCAUGAUGCACUUGAGUUUGGGCAUUGCUGUUUAUCCCUUGCAAUUCCAAAGUAUGGAAUUUUUGAGAAUGUAAAUUCAUUGAGCGAGCUAGCACAAAUGCCUCAAUGGACUGAUAAGAAGCCUUUGCGAGUUGUUACUGGAUUUACUUAUCUGGGUCCUAAAUUCAUGAAGGAGAAGGGAUUGAAACACGUCAGUUUUUCAACUGCAGAUGGAGCAUUGGAGGCAGCUCCUGCGAUGGGGACAGCAGAUGCUAUUUUGGAUCUUGUGAGUACUGGGACAACACUGCGGGAGAAUAAUCUAAAAGAAAUUGAAGGUGGAGUUGUUUUAGAAAGCCAGGCUGUUCUUGUGGCAAGCAAGAAAUCUCUGAUCCAGCGCAAAGGUGUUCUGGAGAUUACACAUGAGAUUCUUGAAAGACUGGAGGCUCAUUUGAGAGCAGCUGGUCAGUUCAUGGUGGUUGCAAACAUGAGGGGGAGUAGUAAAGAGGAAGUGGCUAAGCGAAUUUUGAGUCAGACAUUAUUAACUGGGUUGCAGGGACCUACUGUAAGUCCAGUAUUCUGUAAACGUGAUGGGAUGGUUGUGGCAGACUACUAUGCAAUUGUCAUAUGUGUACCAAAGAAGGAACUCUACAAAUCCAUUCAGCAGCUGAGAGCAAUUGGAGGCAGUGGAGUUUUAAUAUCUCCAGUGACUUAUAUUUUUGAUGAAGAACCUCCCAGGUGGCGUACACUUCUUACAAAGCUUGGGCUUUGAGACCUUCUGGGAGAUGUCUGAGUGGGACAGAGACAAAAUUUUGUUGCAGUUUUAGUGCUGAGAAGUAUUUCUAAGUGAACGGCUCAAAAGAAUGACAGACUCCUUUAGGCU